UUUACGGAAUUCCUGAAAUAUAUCAAUCGCCCUUUUGGCGCUUGGGUGCAAUAUUCUUCCCUCCCUUCUCGGUUUUAAGCUUGGGUUCAAAAACCGAACGUCGUCUCUACCAAAAUCCUUGAAUUCAAUUCCUCAACCCCUAAAACCCAAAAGCCUCCUUGCUCAACAUGUGGGAUCCCGAUUAUAUGAACUAUUUGGAACAGCAUGUUGUCGACCCGCCCUCAGAUCCCGAUGACGACGAUUACGAUGAUGACGAUGACGAAGAAGAGGAGGAGGAUAAUGACGAUGGUGUUGACGCGGAUGGUCGGUCUGGGACGACGUUGCGUCAGGUGUUGUACGGUAAUCACAGGAACGAUAUGAAUUCUGUCACUGCUACGGUGUCGAAUCAAGAAGUUGUGGAUGUUGACAGUCAGGUUUCAGAGAAUGACGAUGAUGCGAUAGUGGAGGGUGGACGUGAAAGCAGCAGCCAGGCAACAGAUAACACCGGGAGUAAAGGGGGUGGAACGGCGUUGAAGGGUGGCAAUGAUGGAGGUAAUGAAGGAGAGUUGAAUAUGGGUGACAUUGAUGGACUGUUUUGCUCCAUCUGCUUUGAAGCUUGGUCUUCUGGUGGUGACCACCAUGUCUGUUGUUUGCCAUGUGGUCAUAUAUAUGGGUUGGCUUGUAUCAAGAAAUGGUUGCGACGCCAAGGCUCAAGCAAGUGCCCGCAAUGUAAAAAGAAAUGUGGGAUAAAGGACAUCCGGCUACUUUAUGCGAGUCGAAUUGUUGCCAUUGACGGAGAGCUUCAAAAGAAAGUACAAUCACUUGAAGCUAAAUGCUCGUCUCUUGAGAAAAAGCAGAAGGCUGAAUGGUCAAAGAAGGAAGUAGAAUGGAAGAAGAGAGAAGCUAGUUUGCGCAGGCAAGUGCAAGACCUCGAACAGAGGAAUCAUGACUUGGCGGAUCUUUUAGAAGAUACAGAGCGCACGGCAUCGGGGUUAUCUGCAUCCGGUUGCAAUUCUCGUGGAGAAUCUAUCUUAGGAUUUGAUGCUAACGCUCAGUUCAACAUGCGAGGAUGUUCGAAUAAAUUUAUUAUGCAGAAAGACUUUCAGGUAGAUGGUGCCCGUCUUUUUGAUAUUGAUUCUUCCGGCCAAAUUUUUGUAAUUGCUCGAAGGCUCUCAGGAAUGGGAGGAGCACAUGUGCUAACCAAAGUAAGCUUAUUAUCUAACAACGACAAGGAGGAUAUUUGGCUUCCUGAGAACACAAAAGCUGUCAAGGAUCUACAAAUUUCUCCUCAUGCUAGACUUGUGCUGUUGGCUUCCUUAGGAAAGAAACUAUCCGUUCUUAGCACAGAAAGCAACAAUGCCGUUCUUACUUAUGAAUUGCCGGCUGCAGCCUGGUCAUGUUCAUGGGAUAUUAGCAGUUCACAUUAUGCAUAUGCGGGUUUGCAGAAUGGCACAGUUUUGCAGUUUGAUAUGCGUUACACAAUGAGACAUGUGCAAUCUUUUUCCGGGUUGACAUGCAACCCAAUUCAUACAUUGUAUUCUCUUUUGCCCAAGUCAUCUCUUAGUUCUGGUGUCAGAAGUGUUCUCUCUGCAUCUUCACUUGGCUUAUGCCAAUGGAACUUUGGUGGCAGUGAAGACAGGCCAUAUUUAAUUCCUGAAUCUGAUGAGCACGGAGUUUGUAUAUCUCUUGCUUUCUGUAAAUCCAGUGAUGAUAUUGUUGCUUCAUAUCGUCCUAAAAUUGAGAUAUCUGGUGAUCUGGAUUUUUGUCAACCAACACUUACUGCACCCGGGCAAAGGACAAGGGGAAGUCACGUCCUUUACAGAAAAAUGGGUUGCACAUAUAAAAAAUUAGGAGCAACUUGCGCCAAUGUGAGUGAUAUCCGACUGCCAAAAUCUACAAUUAUAGAUGGGGUAUAUCGGAACCCUGUGUUUGCUUCUUCAGAUGAAUUGACAUCUGAACUUGUGUUGCAAGAGUUACCAUCUUUGAUGGUUGUUGAGCAUCUUAAACCUAAAAAAUAUCCCAUUCGUGACGUCAAGUACCACCGUCAAUUAAGUUCGGGACUACUUAGCUGUUUGACUGAGGAUUCCUUGCAGCUAUUCACAGCCAAGCCCUUGUGAAGAUGGCGUCACAGUGACUGACCAAGUAAACAUAUGCAGUGCACGGAGCUGUGCUAGUAAAAUUUUGUUGCUGUAUAUACCAUCCUGAUCUAUGUGAAGUUAGGAAGCUGUCUAUGAUUCUAUACUCUUGCUUUUGCUUCAGAGAUGCAGCGUUUCCCAUGCUAUAGGUGGUCUUGGAAGAUAUCUGUACCAUAAUGUUCAUUUACCAGGAAGUACUAUUUAUGUUCCAUGCAAGCAUGUAGAAGAGAUUGCAAAGCAUGCAUUUAUUGUGAAUGAAAAAUUUGUAUCAUUGGUCCUAUCUUUUCAUCCGCCAAGGGGUUCAUGUGUAAAGGAAAAUUUGUAUUAUUGAUCCAUCAAUUUAUCUGGAA